AGAGCGGUUUCAUCUAAUUCCCCCCUGCUCGUCGUCAGGUCGAGCUCGGGCUGUUUGAUUGGGACUUUUGGGGAAACCGACGGACUCCUGCGGCGAAACUCAUUCAGUGACUCGAUCUGAAAUGUCCUGGAAGCACAAUGACCGUUCCCGAGAGGAGGCUGCCAUGGAGAUAAGGAGCGAUUCUCUUCACUCGAGUCUUGACCAUCUCCAGUUGUUAUGAAUCCCAGCGUGUCCUCGUCCCGCUGUGAGGGCCUGUCCCCUGCGGACAACCACAUGGACGACUGGCACAUGGUCUCCUCCGAGUCUGCACUGCCUCAGGUCCUGGAAGUCAGCAGAGAUGAGCAGGAGGCAGAGGACAGAGGCAAACUCAGAUCCAAGUUGGUCUCGGCAUGGAACAGUGUCAAAUAUGGCUGGACCUUGAAGCAGAAAUCCAAAUUCAACAGGAGCUCUCCCGUGAUCAUGCUUGGAAAAUCCUAUGAGCUCAAGGAUCAAGGGGAGAGGGAGUGUUUCCGCCACAGCUUUGUGUCUCUGCUGUGGUUGACGUACAGACGGGGGUUCCCUCCCCUGGCCGGCGGCUCUCUGACCACCGACAGCGGCUGGGGUUGUGUUCUGCGUACGGGGCAGAUGCUGCUGGCGCACGGCCUCCUCUUACAUCUGAUGCCACCAGGUUGGACUUGGUCUGUGAGCCACCAUGCAGUCAAAGACGACAUGGACCUAGAGAGUCGCCCCGCAGACAGUGGACAGAGUUCCCAGGAAUGGCCUGGUAAAAGGGUUCGAAAACUGAGCCUGGGUUCCCUGCUGGUCAGACCCAUGGAGGCCACACACAGGAGGACGGUGUCGUGGUUUGCAGACCGCCCCACGGCCCCGUUCGGAAUACACCGACUGGUGGCAUUGGGCAAAAGCUCGGGGAAGAAAGCCGGGGACUGGUACGGUCCCUCCAUCGUGGCACACAUCCUCCAGAAAGCUGUGGCAGCAUCGGCAGACCUUCCCAAUCUAGUUGUCUAUGUUGCACAGGAUUGCACCAUCUACUUAGAGGAUGUGAAGAGGUUGUGCGAGCAGCCUCCCCCUCAGCCCUGGAAGUCCGUCAUCGUCCUGGUUCCUGUGCGACUUGGAGGACAAGAGCUCAACCCUGCCUACAUCACCUGUGUCAAGAAACUCUUGACAUUACAAUGCUGCAUCGGAAUCAUCGGGGGCAAACCAAAGCACUCUUUGUUCUUCAUUGGCUUCCAAGGUAUGUGCAGGGCAGUGAACGGCAUCACCACAAUCACUGUGCUCAGCCGUUCCAUGUCAGUCCUCACACUUUUUGGUUUUUCUCCUUCCUUCUGGCCCUGCUGUGUGAAAGAUGACAAUCUGCUGUACCUGGACCCGCACUACUGUCAGCCCACAGUGGACAUCGCGGAGGAGAACUUUCCCUUGGAGUCCUUCCACUGUAAAUAUCCCAGGAAAAUGGCAGUCUCACGCAUGGACCCCAGCUGCACCAUAGGAUUCUAUGCUAAAGGUCAAAAGGACUUUGAAUCAUUGUGCACAGUUGUUACUGAGGCUCUCUCCACAUCUGCGGAGACGUACCCCAUGUUUAUAUUUGCAGAGGGACAUGGUCAGGAAGAGGAGCGAAGCAAUACACCCACAAACAACAUCGCCUAUAUCCAGAGGACGAGCGAGCGGAGGCGAGUUGACACCAGCAACAGCAUGGAUGAGUUUGUUCUAUUAUGAACAGAAGAAGAAAAUGAAAUCUCGACCCUGAGGGGCGUUCAAUAAUCAAUGAUUGCACACAAUUGUGAAGGUUAAGACUGUGGCCACUACUGAGCCUAAAAAUGUCCACAAGCAAUAACCUCAAGAGACUGCUGAAAGGGAUCAGGUGUCAUCAACACUGUUUUUGUGCUCAUUUAUUUAUUGUUUUAAGGGGAGACCAUUUAAAUGAAUAUGAUUCAAUUGAAGAACUGAAAGGUGAAGGAUGUUUUCUCUUAUUUUUUCAUUUCAACUUAUUAGGUCAUGUUAUUUUUACUUAAUCUAUUCAAAUGAAUAAAAGAAAAAAAAUAUUAAUAUCAAAUGUCUUUUCAGAGACACUCAGGGCGAGUGUUACACAGCCUCUCACUGUUUCAUGCCAUGUGACAGGAUGUGCUGCCUCUGAAUAGAUAAGAAUUUUGGACACUUGUUAACAUGUGACUCACACAAUUAGUCAAAUGUUAAUGCACACUGAUUUAUCAAUAAUGUUCUUCUGAGCUGGAUUCUUCUCUUUUUUUGCUGUCGUUUAUGAAGGACAAAGAAACUUGGUUCAAAUCAUGUGCCACCUACAUUAUAUUAAAACAUGCAGUGAUGAGUCUAAUUUAACUGAUUCAUUUUGAGUUUUUAUAGACUGUAUAAACAUUAUUGGGUUGGGGGGUAUAGUCUUGUAUUUUAUUCUAAUAAAAAGCAAGGUGCUUCACAACAAAUUUAUUUUUAGUUACCGAUAUGAAUAUUAUUUACAUACAAUGUUUAUAAUAUUAAGAAAAGAUAUAACUAGAGACAAAGACAUUUCAAAGUGUUUAAAAAAAAACUGCUUUAUCAACAAUUAGAACUUAUCAAAACAUUUUAUGUAAAUGCAAAUGUAUUUUAUUGUUAUUCAUAGUCUUAUAUGCCAGCAUCCACGUGAGGAUGCUGCGCAGGAGGAAUUGUUGUCAACAAAAUAAACUUUGAAUUUUUAAAAUGUCCUUGUAUCUAUUUACAACAGCAUUAUUGUUAUAAACCUGUAAUUAAAUGAUAACAUACUGCUUACC